AUGCCCGUCUGUCCCUUGUGGAACCUGCGGAGGCCUCCGCACCCCGUGGUGCUGCAGUGGAUCACGGAGGCUUGGGAUCAAGUCCCCAAGCAGAUCAUCAUUGACGCGUUCCGCCAUUGUGGGAUCUCAAGCAAGCUGGACGGAACGGAGAACCACCUGGUGAUGUCUCACCUGCGCGCCAGGAGCACCACCGAUGUCUCCGCGGACAUGUCCCUCGGGGGGACCACAGGCGACAACACGCGCCUGCUCGGUCAGGCUCCAGAGGAGGAGGAGGAGGAGGAGGAGGAGGAGGAGGAGGAGGAGGAGGAGGAGGAGGAGGAGGAGGAGGAGGAGGAGGAGGAGGAGGAGGAGGAGGAGGAGGAGGAGGAGGAGGAGGCGAUGCAGGCGGAGGGCGUGCGGGAGGUGGCCGUGGCAACCGGCCUGGUGGUGCUGUACCAGGAGACCCCCAACUACCGCGGAGCGACGGCCGAGGCUGACCGCAUGAUCGAGCCUAGGGAGACGGCUAGGCAUGCCUGGCGAGUGCCAGACCUGGGUGUAGAGCCUAAUGUUAGUGCAUGUGAGGAGGCGGUGACUGAGGGGGGUUAG